AUGGAUCCUCCUGAGAAAAGGGGGAGGUGGGAUCCGGAUCGCGAAUCUUCGGCAUCUUCAGACAGUGAAAAUAGUGAAAAUGGCGAUGGGAUGAUGACAGCAGCCUCUCAGCCUGACUUGGGCCAUUGGAUUCCUGAUCUGGACUGUGGUGACACAUCUGAGCAAUCAUUAAAUGUGGACAUUAGAGAUUUAGGGUUAAGUGGUUGCGAUGGGUCAUCAGAACUUUUUAAUACAGGUAGGACUUUUCAAAUACUCCCCCUCUUUCUUGUAUCUGGUAUGUUUUGGUUUGUUAUCAUAUGGUUUUUCUUCGCUGUAUGUUUUGUAGAUUUGGUCAGUCAAGACCGUCAACAUUUCAUGCUACCCAUUGCAAAUUUGGAUGUUGGUCAGUCACAUUCAGGGUCUUUCCAAGAGUCCAGCAAUGCAAAACAGAGUGGUAGAGCUGUACAGCCAGAUGCCAUUUCACCUCCUAGAGAACGGAACACUGAUGGGGAAUGCUCGACCAGUAUCACAUAUGAUCGACCAUUUAUAAUACCAGACUCAGUUACUCAAGACCAGUCACAUGCCAAAACAGAUAUGAGCAGACAUCCUUCAUCUUCUGUUGAAAUUCCACAUGAAUCUGAGUUUAUGGAUCAAGUUUUUGAAGGUACCCAAUCGGUUGAAACCCCAGUAGCAAUGUCUGUUCAAGCUGAGGUCAGAACCUUUGACGAUGCAUUGUUUGUGACUUCACAAUUUCCUGUAGUGGAUGACUCAGAUGAUCAGGAGGACUUUUUGAGCACUGUCAGUUCUGUAGAGGAUUUGGAGGCAGAUAGUGAUACUGAGACAACUGGUCACGAUGUGGAUGGGGGUAUCAUUCCACCUCAGCAAGAAGACCCCUUGUAUUUAGGUGCUCCUAUCACAGUUGAAGAGAGUGUGCUUUCAAUCUUCUCUUUUAUUCAAUCAGAAAAUUUAAGCGGAGCAGGUGCUGCUAAAUUGUUAAAAUUAGUUGAACUCCACUGCCCCAAACCUAAUCAUUGUGUAUCUAGUCUUUACAAUUUAUUUCAUCAAUUUGAACAUGUUAAGACUCCUCUGCAAUCUUACUUUUAUUGUAACCAGUGCUUGAAAGUUAGAACUUCCUUGACAGAUAUCUGUGAUGAAUGUAAACUUUUGAAACCCUCUGUUGACCAGGUCGUAGUUUUAUCUCUAGUUGAACAGCUAACACAAUUGUAUGCUCGCUCAGAAUUUAUUGAAGAUAUUCAGUACAGGUUUAAGAGGGUAAAGAUGAAUCCCAACAAUUUAGAAGAUAUUUUUGAUGGCUCAGUUUAUAAAAAGGCAAUGCAGGAUUUAUCAUCAGAAAAGUAUAAUAUUUCAUUUAUGUGGAAUACCGACGGCGUUUGUCUUUAUGAUUCUUCAAAACUGCAACUGUGGCCUUUAUACUUAGUCAUUAAUGAACUUCCACCAGAAAAGAGGUUCAAGCGUGAAAACUUGAUUCUUGUGGCUGUGUAUAUUGGUGAAUCAAAACCAAAUGUGAAUGUUUAUUUAAAACAUGUGUAUCCCCUUGUGGACCAGUUAAGGGAAGGCAUCAGUGUUAGUGUUGCUGGCGAAGAAGACCCUGUAGUAGUUAAAUGUUGUAUAAUAUGUGGCACCUGUGAUUCCCCAGCAAAAGCUAUGAUGUUUAAUAUGAAGCUCUUUAAUGGAUUUUUCUCAUGUCCAAUGUGCCUCAGUAAAGGGGAAAAGUCUGAGAGAUCUGAUGAUGUUUUUGUCCAUCCAUAUGAAGAGGAUGCUAUUUUAAGGACUGAUGAGAGUUAUGAGGAAGAUGCAAUUCUGUCCUGUGUUUCCAACAUCAAUGUAGCCAAAUCAGCAAGAAUAGCAUCUCAUGGUGUGAAGGGCCCAUCAUACCUUUACUUAAUGGUACCCCAGAUGAUAUGUUCAACAUCAGUAGACACAAUGCACUUUUUGUACCUUGGUAUAAUGCGCCAGCUUUUGCAACUGUGGUUUGAUAAAUCUCACAAGGACGAAGAGUACUCUUUGUACAAAAUUGUCAAAGUUGUGAGUACUUUGUUAGUGUCCAUCAGGCCACCACAUUUUGUGAAAAGAUUACCAAGAUCCUUGCAAAAUUCUGCAAAUUACAAGGCCUUUGAAUUGUUGAUGUUAUUGUACUACUAUCUUCUUCCAGUUUUACAGGGACAAAUGAAACAAAUUUAUUUCCACAACUUUAAAUUGCUAAUAGCAGGUGUGUCCUUGUUAAAUAAGCAAAGUGUGUCAUUUGCUGAUAUUGAAGAAGCUGAAGUAUUGGUAAAACAAUUUGUGAAGGACUUUCAAGAGUUGUUCGGAUUUAGAAAUAUGUCCUUUAAUGUUCACUUGAUUUUGCAUCUUCCUUCUACCGUCAAAGCUCUUGGUCCGGCUUGUCUUACAACAUGCUUUAGAUUCGAAGACCUUAAUGGGAAACUUCGUAAUAUGAUCCAUGGAUCCCGAUAUGCUGGCUCACAGUUAUCCUCCAAUCUGUUCUCAUUUUUAAACUUGCCUAAAGUAGUACAUGACUUAAAGAGUGAAAAUGUUAAGAAAUUUUGUACAAAUGUUCACAAAAACUGGAAAAGAGUCAGAAUUAUUGAACUGAUUUUUGAGAAGUGCUAUUCUGUUGGAAGAUAUUGUAAAGUAGAAAAUAUUGCACCUUGGUUGGAUGAGCUCUUGAUGCAUACUAACUAUGAAAGUCUUUUCUCAUUCCACCGUAUAAAACUGAGAGGCAUUUUAAUAACAUCAGAAAAUUAUCAUAAAAGCAAGUGCAGUAUCUCUCACUAUGUACAAUAUUGCACCAAUGGUAUCAAUAAGUAUGGUAGUAUCCGUGGCUUUGUGAAGAUUACUAAGUGCACUUGUACAGAAAAGUGUUCGUGUCCAGGACAGUACUUUGCCAUUGUCACUCAAUAUAGUAAUGAAAAUUGCUUCACAACAGCCAACCCCCCGCACUCUAUUCAACACAUCCAAAAGUGUGCCAAAACUGAAACAAUUGAGGCUGUUCCUAUUUCUUCAAUUUCAAAUGUGUGCAUCUGUAUAAAAAUUGAUGAAUCGUUGUACCUAUGUACUCCCCUUAAUGAAAUGGAAAUGUACAACUAA